GCGUUUAUGAAAAGGCUACGACCUUUCGCUGCACAAGUUGCAAAAAGUACUAUAAAGGACAUAGCGUUAAAGAGAAUGAACAAUAAUCGUGUGUCGAUUCCCAAGCCGCUAAAUUCUAACUGUCGAUCACCAAUCAACAAAGUUGACUAUCUUCGAUUCCUACUAAGUCAAAAUAUGUAUCGUAAUUGUGGUGUCAUCACAAUUCAAGAAUCUUGGUUAAAUGAUUUACAGGACGACUGCCUGGUAUCACCACAUGAUUUCAAAAUUUAUCGUCAGGAUCGAUCAAACAAUAAGAAGAGGUGUGGUGCGCUAUCUAAAAAGGUCAGUGGUAUUGUUUCUCGUUGAAUUAGUUAACUGUUUUGAUCGUAAAUUACGUAUCAAAACUACGAUUUACACUUUAAUUGAAUCUACUACAGUUAAAGUGAUAUGCUGUUGCAUUUUUUGGCUUUCGAAAUGAUUCUUGGUCUGUAUCAAGGUACUUUAUUUAAGGUUUAAAAUCUUGCUAAAGUUUGUCUUAAGGUAACCUUUUAUUCGUUGACUGACAUUUGUGUUCAUACUGUGAUCAUAUUGUGUGUUACACCUUGAUCUGACUAAAAUGGUUGGUAGUACUCACAAAUGUGGACAGCCAAACUGUUUGUUCCCUGUGGAGGAGGGAAUGCAGUGUGACGAAUGCAAUAAGUAGUUCCACAAAAUGUGCACCCGUUUAAGUCCCACCGCAUACAAAAGAUGUUCGAAGCCUAACUCAUAUUGGCUUUGCAUGUUUUGCUGUGCCAACAAGGCAUCACUUAUACAAGAAGCUAUGAGCCUAUUGGCUUUGGUCUGUAAGAAGAAAGAUGGUGCAUGCGCUGAUAACACGAUCACUGACAGUGACGAAUGUGUCAGUGUAGUACAUAGUGUUGCGAGACGCCUUAAAGAACCGACUUUGAUUGACGAAAACGUGAAAUGUCCAUUAACAAUAACGAGUGGGUAAUACCACCUGACACUGACAAUGGUAACCAUACACCUCUAGUGGAAACUGAAGAUCUGGAUAAAACCGUCACCGCUACAAAUAUUCCCAGUGUCCUGAGGGAUGAAAAAUGGGCUACAGUACGGAGAAAACGAAAAGAAAAGAAAAAAGCUGUAGGUAGUACGCAGGUGGUUAGCAAGUCACUGGAGGGCUCCCACUGUGAGUCACAAAAUGCACUACCGAAAUCUGAUAAUAAGAGAGAAACCCACUCUUAUGUGACUGAGAAGAAUAAUCUAAUAUCAUCGAAUAUUAUUGUGAGCAAAUUGCUGGAGUCAAACGACCCUGAUCCCAAAAUUAGACACGCGCAUGAUUUAGAGAAGCUUGGAGAAUAUAUUCGUAGUAUCUUACUAGGUAACCAUGAAGGGGUUCAGGUAAAACAAAACUGGUUAGAAUAGGCAAGAGGACUGAGGACAGUGUUGAACCCCGACCAUGCAGACUCCUUAAGGUAAUCCUAGGAUCGGAGAAGCAACGGGAUAACGCUCGUUGUCACGACAAUUCCGACAUCCGAGUUACACCUGAUAUGUCUCACGAAGAUAGAAUAAAAAGGAAGAAAGCAUUAGCUGAACUAGAAACCCGUCGGCUAAACGGUAGGGAAAAUCUCCGGCUAAUGGGUUUUCGGAUACUCAGGUCUUGGAAGCGAAUGCUACCAAGGCCUAUGUGGAUAGGCCGUUCUAAUUAGAAGUUUUAUACGCCAACGCUCGUAGUCUAAAAAAUAAGUUCUAUGAACUAGAAGCAUUAGUGAACAGAUUAAAGCCACUCAUCGUAGCAGUGACAGAAACGUGGUUAGUCCACGACUUGGACAUUACUCCAGAAUUAUCCGGAUACGUCAGGAGCGAUAGACAUAGAUGUAGAAAAGGAGGUGGCGUCCUGUUAUAUGUAGCCAAUAAAAUAAAUAUCCUCUCAUCUGCUAGCGAAUCUCGUGAUAGCGGUACUUGUGAAGUAAUUGGCAGUAAAUUGGCUAUCGGAUGUAGUACAUUUAUGCUCGGUGUCAUCUAUUGCAGCCCGAUCUGCUUAGUUGAUGACUUUAUAUUAGAGCAUAUUCAUCUUUGGAGUGAAAAUACCAGAUACUUGACAAUAGGAGACUUUAAUGCGCCUGAUAUUAGUUGGACUGAGAUGACCACAGAAGGAUCUAUAAACUCCUUUGAUAGUAGGUUCCUAGUAAAAUUAAUGGAGCAUGCACUAGUGCAGCAUGUAUCCAAACCCACACGUUUUGGUGUUAACCAGCGUUCUUCUCUGCUGGACUUGGUAAUCACUCAUGAGACUGAGGAUAUUGUCGACUUAAAUAUUCUUCCAUCGUUAGUGAACAGCGAUCACGCUGUUUUGUCAUUCGCGUUUAGAACUAGGGACAUGUUAUACGAUCAGGUUACACCCCGCUCAAAUGUAUGGAAAGCUAACAUAUCAGCCAUUCAGGAAUGCGCUGCUAAGACAGAUUGGUUUGUAGAUACUAGCUUAUCAGUUGAAGAAGCAUGGUCUGUAUUUAAAGGUAGUUGGUCGCGCAAUUUCAUGGAUUGGUUUAUGUUAGACACUAUCACCAUUGGAUGCCGGCCAGCUCAGUGGUCCAGUAGGUUAAGCGUUCGCGCGCGAGACCGAAGACCCUGGGUUCGAAUCUCGCGAGCAGGAUCUUGGAUGCGCACUGCUGCCAAGGAGUCCCACGAUAGGACAAAACGGCCGUCCAGUGCUUCCAGGUUUCCAAAGGUGGUCUAACAUCAAUCGGUUCAUGAUCUCAAUCAAAAACUUAAUAAUCUUCACAAUUCCUUUGCUAAUAAAUUUAGACUAGUUACGUCCCCGUUCAUACCAUACCUGGUACCGCGAAUACCGAAUAACAGUCCAUCAUGGAUAACUAAAACGGUCAGGAAACUUCUUAGAAAAAGGAAGAAGCACUGGAAUAUGUUCCUCUCUACUGGCUUAGAACAAUACAGAUCCAGUUAUUGUAAGAUUAGGAAUGCCUGUAAAGCGUUAAUAAGCAAGACUAGAUUAUCAUACGAAAAACAAUUGGUUAGGGAUUCUAGAUAUAGUCCGAAACGAUUAUUCUCGUAUAUAAAAAGGCGAAAUGAGAGAAGCGAUGGAAUUCCAUCACUUUUGAUACGAGAAAAUCCGUUAAUCUUAGCAGAGAAUGAUGCCGAAAAAGCUGAAGCUUUAUCGGAAUAUCUUAGUAAAGUGUUUUCUAUCGGUAAUGAGGAACGACCAACGAUUCAUCGCGACCGUGACGGCUCGCUGAUGGAUCCUAUAGUCAUUGAGAAAGUACUGUCUAAAGGCUACUUCAGCAUCUCAAGCCUGAUAAGUCCAGUGGUCCUGAUGAUAUUCAUCCUAGGAUUAUGUUGGGGACGAUAGAUUCCCAAACUCAUAUUUUUAAAAUUUAUCUUAUCGAUCAUCUUAUUGAUUAAAUGUUAGAUAUUUUUAUUGGGGUCAAUUGAUGAACUAUCGAUUAAAUGCGCAAAUAAGUCAAUUGAUGAAGUAUCGAUUAAAUGCGCAAAUAGGUCAAUUAAUGAACUCGUUGAUUAAUGUUUAAAAAUUUUCUAUGACAAUAUCGAUUGUAAAUAAUUGUAUAAAUACGCUUGAUUUGUGUGUUUGAUUUGACUUGUUAUCUGCUGUUUGUCUGUAGAAUACACUUUCUACACCUU